AUGGACAAGCGCAAACCCCCGUAUACCAUCUCGAGACCGCAGUUGCUACAGCCCCCUUUGUCGGUCAGUCAAAUACCACCACCACCACCGCCGCCGCCCCCUCCUCCUCCGCAAUCCGCCGCGCCACCGUCAAACACUGGACCGCGCCCGUUGUCAGAUAUCCGUGAACUUAGCGAGCCCAGUCUCAUCGACUCAGCCGCCCGGCGCCGCACAGAACAUAGGGCGGAGCGCAACUCCAGCAAUGCAAACACGACGUCUGUAAGGCGCGCGGAAUCGUUGAAGAGGGUCGGCGCAGGCAAGCACGUACACGCGACAAACAUACCAGAGCUUCCGCCUGCGCCACUGCUCCCCGGCGAUGCAUCCUCAUCUUAUUCCAGCACGCCAGAGCAAUCCAGCUUCUACACUGUUCCUUACUCCAGCGUCCCCCGGCGCUCCUCGUCUCAAACCCACUCCCAGCGACCAACGAAAGCUCAUGCCCGGAAGCCAUCCAUCCGCGUCGUCGAGCCAACCGUCGGCCUCAAUCUCGAGGGCUUCACCAUCCCUAACCAUGGCCAGAGUCACUCGCCCGUGAAGCAAGUUGCGCAGGGCUUGGACGCCGUGCAGUCCGACGGCGCAAGACGGAUUCCGUCGCGAACCUACAUCCGCGCGCCGCCGCCCGCGGACAUCCUGGAGUUUCCAUCCUACCGACAUCCCCGGGUCAAGCUAGAGCUGCAAGUCUCGGCGCCAUUGUUUGUUGGUGGGGGAAGUAUUGAGGGCUCUGUGAAGAUCGCCGUUGACGAACACGAACGCACGCGCGCUCGACGCACCCUCGCGAUUGGAGCAAUCUCUCUCGAUUUGCUCGGAUUCGAGGACAUGUCUGGUGGUCGACGGGCGACGUUCCUCGCCAUCGGCACGGAUUUGGUCGAUGUCAGCCACCCUCCCCCGGCAAACAUGAUCGAGCCUCCCAACCUUCUAGCCACUGAGAAUGAGAGAUUCUGGGCCUUAACACCUUCCACCUCAACAUUGCCAUUCAUCAUCAGUCUGCCCCUCGAUACCGGCCCGCCGCCGUUCUAUUCCAAGCACGCCAGCAUUCGCUUCCUCCUCGCCGUGACUGCCCUCAUCAACGACGCCGGCAAGCACUACCGCGUACGGAUGUCACAAGACGUGAAUGUGCUCGCCACAUACGACCCGGAGAAGGCGCUAGGCUCGUUGCCCAGUCCGUCGACGGCAACAGACGAAGUGCUGUUCCCUCGCUUCGGCAGAUGCGAAACGCUCCGGAUCACCGCCGGCCUGCACCGGCAACACGCUCCAGCUGGCACGAGCCAGAAGUCCGCCAGCCAAGCUCGGAUAUUCGAGAGCAAUGAGCAGACGAUGAUUACUCGAUCGUGUUUGAAACCCGGCCAGCAAGGAUGGAACGGUGUCGAAGCGCAUUCCUCCCACACGCGAACGUGCGAACUGGAGCUGCCCCGCGGGCACGCCACAGUGCGAUGCGGCAAGUAUCUCGAGGUGCGCUUCUUCCUCAACAUCACUGCGUCCUUGUCAAACACCAAGCUCGUGUCGGUGCAGUUGCCCAUUAUUCUCAUCCACAUGAACUCGCUUGAUGUUCUGCCCAACUCCGUGGCCCAAGUGGCCGCCGCAAUUGAGGAAAAGUGGGCACAAGGGGAGCAUUGUCGUAUGCGAUCGAAGCAACACGAGGCACUGCAUACCCGACAGCGCUCUACUUCUUCUCCCGCGGCGAUGGCGGAGUUGAGGAGACGGCCAUCGUAUUCGCAAGGACGGGCGUUCGCUGCUCCAAGGCUGCAGUCGAGGCAUCGACAAUGGGCGGUGCAGGACGAUAUCGAGGAUAUGCGGCGCGUGAUCGAUUCGUCGUCGCGUAAAUUUGGAUCUCCAAUGCUUGGAGCUGCGAUCAAGAAAGUAGGAAGCAGCGUCAGCAUAGGAGCGGUCAAUCUGGGCGUCAAAAUUGGCGAUGCGGCUGCGGAGCGUUACCGCACGCCGCCUGCAUCGGCGCAUCGAGUCGGCCAGGCUCAGGGCACUGACUUGAGGGGAACUCGAAUGGGCUCCAGAGAUGCGCUGUCCCGCAUACAGAGCCUCGACUCCUUGUACAAGAAGAGGGGCAAAAGCGAUGUGAAGGCGAGGGGUGACGCGGUCGAUCAGAACACCAGACCGCGCUACCACUUCACCGUGGUGCAAGACCGCAUGGACCCGCACAGCCUGGGCCUUACUUCGACCGGCAGGCGACCAUCCGCCUCCAACGGACACACCGAAGAUUCCAUCUCACGCCCCGCCACCGGCCUCGGGUUUCGAGACAAAUUCGAUCGGAAGAGGUUCGAUUUCAAGGGUAUCAGGACGAAAGGCAGCGGGAAUUUGAGUGAGACGAGCGGGAACGGACGGGAACAGGGCAAGUGGAGGGAUUGGGAGCACGAGGGUUGGAUAUGAGUCGUUACAUCGAGACGGAAAGUUGACUGUCGGAGGCUUGGGUUCCGAGGGGGUUCUGGAGAGCCGUGGGAUGCUCGGGAUCGCCGUCCUGACAUGCGAGUCUAAGACGCGUGCUGCGCACGCGACACGAGGAACGAUGCCAGACCGUGCACUACUUCAGUAUAGUUGUAGCGAGCCGGCGUGUAGUGCCGGUCCUAAAACUUGGCCGGCAGCUCCUUGCGGGGCCUCGCCGUCAAACUGCCGAAUGUGUCAAAAUCGCCGGGAGGCGCAGCAAUUGACGAAUCUUCAGGGCUGUAAUGGGAUGGUGCCCGCACGUAUGUCUCUAUAGAUGUGGCCGAAGAUGGCAGGUCCUUGAGCUAUUGGGUGGGUGAAUAGGCAGGAGGCUUGUAAGUAGGGCUAUGCCCCGCGGAUGAUCGGCAGCACGUGGGGAAGCUACAGUAGGUAGUGACGUACCUGUAACCACGGCAGAGCCUCGAAGCGGCAAAGAUUCAGUAAGC